GUAACUUGUCACACUCGAUGUCAUAUGCAGAGAUUGUGUGAUGCUGUCUAGACUGAUUUGCUGGUGUGGUAUUGACCUGGAGUGACUUUCUUCAGACUUGUUUGUUGGCGUUCGUGAGCGUGCGGAAUAUCCUGGACUGGGACCGAUUGACGAGAAGAUGUCGACUCUGAAAAUCGCUGUUGUCUGUUCGAGCAAUCAGAAUCGAAGCAUGGAGGCGCACAAGUUUUUGAGUAAGAAAGGAUUUAACGUCCAGUCGUUUGGGACCAAUGGUCAUGUCAAGAUUCCUGGUCCGUCGGCCACACAACCCAAUAUCUACUCGUUUGAUGCAACAUACGAAGACAUGUUUCAGGAUCUUGUUGAGAAAGACAAAAUUCUUUACACUCAGAAUGGGAUGCUUCACAUGUUGGAAAGAAACAAGAGAAUCAAGUUGAAGCCGGAGAGAUUUCAGGAUAGUCCGACUGUUUUUAAUUUGAUUGUGACGUGUGAGGAAAGAGUCUAUGACCAAGUGGUUGAAGACUUAGAGUCACGUGGAUGCAGUGCAUGCCAACCCGUCCAUGUAGUCAAUGUGGAGAUUCAGGACAAUCACGAUGACGCAACGUUAGGUGCUUUCCAUAUAUGUGAUCUCUGUCAGCUGGCUAGAGAAAAGGAAGAUUUGGAAAGCGAAAUGGAUGAAGUGAUUGCCGCUUUUGAAAGUAAAGUUGAUCGGCCCAUCUUACAUACAGUCUGUUUCUACUGAAUCAGAUAACAUGUAGACGCGUAGCGCCUGAUAUUAGAAACUUGUAUUGUAAUAAAUAUUGUAUUACUCGA